AUGUCGGCUAUGCGAGAUGGUGUGUUGGUGAAAGAGAAGGGUGAUGAUGUAGGCAAGAAUCUUUUGGGCAUUGCCAUCAGUGGGGGUGUCGAUUCAAUGGCACUCGCAGCGCUAUACGCACACUCUCGACUAGAAGACCCCAAGCUGCCUCUCCCCCAUGGCUUCAUUGUAGACCACAAAGUAAGACCGGAGAGUACAGAGGAAGCGAAAUGGGUGUCACAGCAACUACAUACGAAGCUUGGUAUACCAAUCACCAUUCUUCCCCUUACAUGGCCCGAUGCCUUCGAUCCCAACGACUCCAAGCGAUUCGAGACGGAGGCGCGUACCCUCCGCUACCAAGCGCUAGGUCUAGCAUGCAGAAGCAUGAACAUUACACGCCUCAUGCUCGCACAUCAUGCGGAUGACCAGGCCGAGACUGUCAUGAUGAGGCUGGCGAACAAUAGGCUGCGCUCCGGGCUUCAGGCAAUGCAGCGCAGAGAGUGGAUACCAGAGUGCGAGGGCCUACAUGGGGUGUACCACAGCGGAAAGCACCAGAAGCCAGAUCGCACCGGGCUUAUACCGUUCAAGGUCGAACAAGGGGGUGUGCAGAUUCUGCGGCCUCUGUUGACGUUUCAGAAGACGAGACUUAUUGCGACGUGCGAAGAGAAGGGUGUAGCUUGGGCAGAAGAUAAAACGAACCAGAUCAAGACGCUCACGUCGCGCAACGCUAUACGCCAUAUUUACCAGAACCACAAACUUCCGGAGGCUUUGAGUGUCAAGUCGCUGGUCAAUGUCUCGCAGCAUAUGCAAGAGCGCAUCAAGUGGCACAGAGAUCUCGCGGACAAACUCUUCGAUAAAUGCCCAAUCAAACUCGACAUACAGACAGGCUGUCUUAUCGUCCGAUUUCCCCCUUUCUCCGACCUCCUACCCUACCCGAUAAACACCAAAGCCGACAAGAUCAAAGCGAAGAACACGGCAUAUUGCCUGCUUGAGCGCGUGGCAGGACUAGUCACACCCGCCAUGAAAGCACCGCUUGGUGAACUCGCCGCAUCCGCCUAUCGCAUCUAUCCCGAACUCGAGGAGCUCGAAGAAAACGUGGUACCGGGUGAAGCGCUCCGAAAGAAGAACUUUUGCGUCUACAACGUGUGGUGGCGCUUCUGGGACAAGCCCUCGCCGUUUAACAAGCCCGAGCACCAAGAAGAAGGCAUCAACCCAGACCUGACCCACCCACGAGAAUGGCUGCUUACCCGGCAACCGCUUGAAACGCUGGAAAGAGCAAAUCCUGAAUUGAACAUCGUCUAUCCUCCCAAAAGAAAACUGGGUAAACCAUCGCAGAGAGAAAUGUGGCGACUCUUCGAUGGCCGCUACUGGAUCUCUUUGACCAAUCGACUUACGUACGACAACAUCGUGCUGCGUAUCUUUAGCAAGGAUGAUUACUUACCCACUGCCCAUGAGAUCAAGAACCGAAUGCUUGAACCUGCAGAAAAUAGUCCCUAUCGCUUCAUCACGGCUGCUUUCGAUCUGCUCAAACCAGCCGAUCUGCGCUUCACACUGCCCGCCGUAUUCCGGAUAGACCGCAAGACAGGCGAGCAAACAUUGUUGGGGUUCCCGACUCUCGACUUGCGGCCCCAUGGCUUUGGACCACCGGCAAGUGAGUGCGACUGGGAAGUUGCUUACAAGAAGGUUGAUUUCGGGUCCCGGUCUGCGUAUGAUAUCAUUAUGCCUGGGAAGUCAAGGAAGGAUAUCUAUGAUGAGGCGAUGAAGGGAAGACCGGCGGAAAAGAAACGCAUUAUCAAGUCAAAGGAGGUGUUGAGGAAGGAGCGGAAGAUGAGAAACGUCUUGAGGAACAGGCAGGAGCGUACAGAGGCGAGAAUCAAAGGUUCCACGGGAUAUGACCAUGCGGCACAUGUUGGUGGGAAAGAGAGCAAAAGACAAUGGAGCGCUGCUUUUCAGGACGUGGAAAGCAGUAUGCAAGCAGACGGAAGAAAGUGA